AUGAGCAGCGCGGCUUUGCCGCCUCCAAAAGCUGAAACCCACCAGGACCCCCAGUCUCAUGGCCCCUGGUCCAAGGGCCCUCCCUUCACGCGCCUCCCCGGCUCCUUUUCCCACUCCUCAAAAGAGCAGAACGCGGCCACAGCGGCGGGAAGCACAACUUCGACAAGCACUUCCCUCCAAACAAAGUUCACACACACGCAGAUGCCUCUGGAAGUGGCAUCAUCAGCAUCUCUCACAGGCCCAGGCUGGAGCCCUGCACUUACUCCAAAUGGAAUAGAUUACGAGAAUAAGGCCGUUUUUAAAUACGACCAGUCUGUACAAUAG